UGCCGCGGCGGCUCGCGAGCUCCGAUGUGCAUUCUGGAGGAGUGACACGUGCUGUAGAGAAAAAUAAAAAAUAAAAAAGAUAAAAAAAAAAUUCAAAAAAUAAAAAAUAAGGGUCACAUCCUGGAGUUUUUGAUUUCUUUUUGAUUUUUUUUACUGUAAAUAAUUUUUUAAAGGUGGGAUUUUGCUCGUCUGUUUUUACUUGAAGUGGGAAGUCCACAUCUUCGGAACCAUGGGAAGAGGAGUGAGUAAAAAUCUCUUUGUUUGGAGAAAAUGUGACUAAAUCUUUGCGUUUUCUACUGAAGCAGAUUGAUUUAAAAGUUGACCAUUCAUUCAAACAAGUGGUUUACUGUCUCGCUGUGUUGAUGUUGUCACGGGGGGAGGUGGAGAAUCACAUGUGUUAAGAUAAGCAACAAGCCUGUUUUUCCCUCUCUGAGAAAAGGGGAGACUUCCGUGUCUUUAAACCCCCCCGAAACACAGGACCCCUUCAGCUGAAAAGAAGUUCCCAAAAGCGGACAAGAUGCUGCUCACGGCUCGGUGUCCGGUUACAUAACGGGAUGUUCUCAAACGGCUGGACUGUCAAAGUUUUUCAGGCUAACGGGUUUAGCUCAAACGGGGCAGCUCAGGGGGGUUAGAGGAGGGGGUUUGUUCGUGGAAAGUUGACUCUACAACAUGUGGAAAAACCCCCACUUUAAUCCCAGCUGGUUUCCUCAAAUCAGACUCCUCCAACUUGGAGUUAUGUUGGUGAUAUUCUGCUGUUUGUCUGCAGAAGAAUAAGAAGAGCUCCUGACAGUAGGAGGGAGAGAAAAGUCCAGCCUACUUCAUCCCUCUGCUGGGAGAUCUGAAGCUCUGUGCCCCUGCAACUUUCACUAAACUCGCAUUUUUGCAGAGCUGCAUGAUGCAAAGAGUCAAAAUACACAGUAAAGAUUGAGUUUGAGCAAAAAUGAGUGAGAAAGCAUGCAAAAAAUGAAAAUUUUUCACUCGCCGCGUAUAGAUUUUGCUCUAAAAAUGUGAAAGUUGCUUCAAAAAUCAAGUGUUUAUGUUGCCAAAUCAUUUGUGAAGCAAUUAGAGUGGAUUAUAUUGCAUUUAAAGGUGUGCAGUGUUGCAUUAGGAGGUGUAGCGUUCAAUAUUUUGUGUUGCUCUAGUCCAAGCUGUGAUUUUAUGUCUGCUUGUAACACCAAAAUAAUGAUAUUCAACUUUUUUCUGCGCAGAAAUGAAAAUUUUUCCUGAAAAAAUGAAAAAUCAGCUAUUUUUAAAAUCAAAAUAUCUUCCAAUAAGAGCUAAUUUGAAUAUUUGAAGCCCCAAGUGCGCUCAUUUUCACAUAUUUUGAUAUCAAGCGACUAGAAAGUCGUCUGAUCUCGACCCAGCUUUCCCCCCUUGUCAUGGUUUCGCUCUGAUUCUCGCCGCAGCACAGCUGUUAUUUUCCAAAACUUGAAUUCAAAUGGGAUGAAAUCGAACCCCGCUUGUGUGAAAUAUCAGCCGUCGCCACACCCUGCCAUGCUGCGCAGUAGAGGCGCUCAUUACGGAUGCAGCCUGCGAGGGAUGGAGAUGUGGAAAGAGGGAGAAAGAUGGACAAAAAAAAAGGGAGAGCGAAAGAGAGGCUGAGGGAGGAGGGGGAGAUCUGUGGCGGGAGAUGUGAAGCCGAGCAGCUCAUACAGUCAUUUAUGAAGAUCUGCUCUCCUGCUCUCUCUUGGCUGCUCCUGCUCCUGCUGCUGUUUUUUUUUUCCUUCCUCCUCUUCCUCCCAUAUGUGAUGAAAACCCUGCCCUGCCCCCAUCCAACCUCCCUCUACUCCCCCACUGCGUCUCCCCCCUCGCUCCCCUCUCCUCCUUUUUCAAUACAUUCAGCUCUGGCACAGACAAAUAGCUCGACUUGGAGGGGAGAACCGCGACUACAGCGCUUCCUACUGGGAGAGAGACUGAGGAGGAGGAGGAGGAGGAGGAGGAGGAGGAGUUGUUUUGUUGUAAUGGAGAAGAAUGAGGGCAGUGAGAUUGAGCACAGGUAUGACAGGGAUUAUAAUCCCUCCACAUCAACUCUGAAUGAGAUUACCCCUCUGCUGCCUUUUUUUUUUUUCUCCACGCUCUCCCAUGUUUGCCCGUCACAUCGACAUCAGAGCGCAAUCAGCGAGGGGAGAGGAAAGUGAGCCGAGAGGUGCAAGUGAUUGCUCCUCUGGUGGCGGAGAGGGGGAGAUACAGGGGGGAGAAGAGAGGCACCAGUUGCCGCAUUGCCUCCUUCCGUUGAUCAACUUCAAACGAGGAGGGAGCAACAGACAGAUAUCUUGUUUUCACGUCUAGAUUUUGUGUGUAAAAACAACAGAAUGAGGCGCAGGAAAAAGGGUGACAGCUGUUGAAUUCACAGGAGAUUGAUGGUGGGAAUCCAGUCUUCUCCAUUUUUCCUCCCGACAGAUUGAGUUGGCGGUGAUUUAGAGAAGCAGAUUCAUGCACUAAAGAAUGGAGAUCGAAGCAGAACUGAUUGAUUCACCUGCUUUAUAUUUAACAGUGACAACACAAGUGUGGUAAAUAAGCAGAUACUGAAGAGUGAAUGUGAGCCAUGAUGUAGGAAUUCAGAGGUUUUGGCCCAACUGACUGUGAAAAGAAAGCAGAAUGUAGAUUUAUAUACCGUAUUUUCCGAACUAUAAAGGUCCUGACACACUGGGAAUGACGCAAAUAUACGACUGAUUAGACUCUAGUGUUGAGAUGUCUGUCAUGAUAGCAUGUACUGAGUCGGGGCCUGUACCAGAUAAGAACAUUAAACUUUAAUCCAUAAACGUAAGGUAACAACCAAGACCUAAUGUUGCUGUGACAGUGAAAAUACAUAUGGUAUGUUGUAUCUGAACAGGUUAGCUUACGAGCUAAAGUUAGUUAGCACAGAUGAAAGUUAAAACAAAGACGUUUAUCAAACUGUUAAAGCACACAAACCAUCGUCAUAUGAGAAAUCCGACGCUAUGACUCUCCUAAAGUUGUCCUUCAGGUCGUUAUCUUUGUAAUAUUUGUGUUUUUUAUCAAAAAUCACUCUGUUCUCCGACACGUAAACAAUCAGCCGGUCGGCCAUGUUGGAUAUACCGGUGAAGCUGAGGAAUCUGAUUGGUCAGAAGUGGACACACAGUGUGCAAAACUUAAAAAAAAAAAAUUGACCGUGAUCCAAAAAAAUAAAUGCCGCAAUAUCGCAGGACAGGAAAACGUCGCAGAUGUGAACUGUUGUAUUGACAGGAUUCAGGUUUUGAAAAAAAAUAUUGACGUCCGAAAUAAUCGCACGAAAAAAACGAUCCCGUUGUGUAAGAAGUUUAAGUCGCAAGGUUUCUGCCUGUUAAAAGGAAGUUUCUCUCGCCUCUGUCACUCAUGUUAGAUGAGAUGGGCCGAAUUCCAUCACACAAUGAGAGUGGUCUAGACCUGCUCUUUUUUUUUAAAGCGUCUUGGGAUGACGAUUGUUGUGAAUUGGCGCUAUAAAUCAAAAAACAAAGACGUGCAGUUUUGUCCACAGGUGGCGCUACAAGCUUCACACAGAAGCUGUGAUGGUCUGCAGGAAAGGCUCUGCGUCUAUGAGCUUGAAAUUGAGAUUGAGAUAGUCGUAGACUCUGCGACAGAAAUAAAGCAGAAGAUCCAUCUCCUUAGUGGCCCUGGAUCACAUCCAAAAACCAACAUCCGUAUCCCCUGGCGACGGCUCCGCUAGUUAUAAUUUACUCUCUUCUUCCCACUGUGACCUGACCCCGGACUCCAGCCCUGGGGCCACAUUUAAUCUCAGCAAAAGGGGGCACCCUGACUCCACCUUCACAUCCAUUCUUUACAGUCUGUUUCUCUUUUGUUCUCUCUCUCUUUCUGUUCCUACCUGUCCUCCCCCCUUUCUCUCUCUCCCUCUCUCUCUCUCUCUCUCUGAGGAUUUAACAUUCUUUCCGCUCGGCAGUCAUUGUGUAUUAACCAGGGCUUUUGUCACACGCCACCUCUUGUCUGUGACAGAGCACAGCCCUCCCUCUCUCUCUCCUCUUUCCUCACACUCACUCCAUCCCAGACUCCUCCUGUUAUCCCCUUUCGCCUCACUGUUUGCGUCCUGUUCCUUUUUAUCUUCUCGCCGUCUCUCUUUCUCCCUCUCUGUCUUGGCCUCUGUUUGCUUUAGCGGCUUCUCGCUGUUUAAUUUGUUUUCUUUCCGAGCUUUCUCCGUUGCUCUGCAAAACUAGAACAUUAAAAAUAACAAAAUCCAACACCCUUGACUCCCACAUGAGGAAAUAUGACUUCUUCCAUGCCUGAGGGACGCCGAGUCACGCCUCGGGCCUCGAGCACCUUUUCGUGGAUCCCCGCAAAGUUUGUCUAAGUGGUCUUGUGUGAGAUGUUCCAGACGAAUACGCUUACACUAGCUCUCUUGAGGAAAUGAUGCAACUCGUAGCUAUGGAGUCCUGGCCUGCAAAUGCCAUGGAGGCGGGGUUUAAGGCCUGAAAGUGGGAAAAGAAGGAGCCAUUGAUGUGCUGAUUCAUUCAUUGCAGUCCAGAGCAGCUUUUCCCACAUUCAGGGCAUUAAUCUUGGUGAGAUAUUCGCCGGCCUGUGGGACAACAGAGGCUUUUCCUUAUUAGGUAGUUAACUCGCUCUUGAAUUUAUAACUUUAACCGGAAAAGAUGUAACUUGUGGACUUGUGUUUUCAUACUCUAGGAAGGUCCUUCAUUUACACGCUGACAAGCUAAUGCAUUCCCACGCAGUAGGUAGCGGUAUGCAACCCGAGCCCAGCUACACGAGCUUUUUCCUUUAAAGGAAAUUUCAGGAGCCUUGACCUGAAAUUUCACAUCCAUACUGAACACCCGUCCCUGUGUCUGAGCAAAAACUAUCAUGAAAACUAGGGGUGUCCCAAUACAACUUUUUUUACUUCUGAUGCGAUACCGAUAUUUAUCCAAUGUUGGCAUGAACUUGUGCAUGACAAGUUUUGCACUCAGCUGACACACCUUUUUCUGACUUUAACAAAAAAUACCGCCACACAGCCAACAUAUCUCCUUCUUCUUGGUACUUUGUUGUGCUGCGGUUGAGUUACCUCGGAAGUCGGAAGUCCAAGCUGAAAAUGACGUCACACCCAAGUUGCCAGCCAGUUCCCAAAUUGGAAAAACACAACAUCGGAGGCCUGAAACAAGAUGGCUACAUCUAUGAAAGUAAUUUUAGCGCUUGCCAUUUAUAUUUGGACAAGGCAAGCGCUAAAAUAACUUUCGUAGAUGUAGCCAUCUUGUGUUCGCCUCAGAUUUAGCUUUUUUCCAGGUGUGACGUCAUUUUCAGCUCGGACUUCUGACAGCACAAUACCAUAGUACACACUGUUGUUGUGAUCACAUGGGCUAUGGAUGCUAGAUCGGGGUGCUGCUAGCUAGAGGUGCCGGAGUGGAGUCUGGAAUGGACUGCUUUUAGAUGCAGGCCGAUAUAAUCUGAUAUUUGUUUUUGACUGAUAUCAGACUGAUAUCUGAUAUCAAUAUCGUAUCGGGACUGUCCAAGUGUAAACAGACACCCCUGCUGUUGAUUCAUGUCAUUCAUUCAUUUAUUCUUAGCUCACCUGGGUAAAUUCAGGAAUUUUUCAGGAAGGUUGAGGAGCCAGGUGCAGCUACAAUGAUUCACACCAUUACUGAUGGUAAAACGUCAGCUGCAAGUUUUUAAAGGUACGAAAAGUGUUCGGCUUUUCACACAACGAAUCUUCUGAGUUAACUCGAAACGUCGUUGUCGCAUCAAAAAGUACAAGGCGGGAGAAACUGCAGUGACCGCUUGCACCAAGUUAUGAAAACGCCGAAAAUUGCAGCGUUGGAGAGUUUACCAUGUUCAAGUCAUUUGUGCGACUGAGACUGGACUUUUAAAAUUGAAGAAAACACUUUGAACUUCUCAUAGCAUUGAACCUCUCAUACUUGCACUAACAUACCUAGAUAAUGCCGGUGGAGGAUGGUUCGUAAACAAAAUCUCUGUAGACAAAGACAGGACAUACAAGUGACGAAACUGUUGUGUGUUAUGAACAAAAAGUUCAGAGCUGUAAAAGUGGCAGCGCGUCAUCCUGUUCGCAAUAUGCUAACGUGUUUUGUCGAUUGUUUUGGUACCUAAGAAGCCAACCUGGAGUCGAGUAAGGAGGCAUGUCGCCACCUACUGUAGCGGAGGUGCACAUGAUUCCGUGAAUAAUUCAAUUUGUUAACAGUAGACCAAUCUUCAGAGCAAGCUCACUAAAUUUGAGCUUAUCUUACCCUCCGAUGUGCGUAAAUUUUUCAUUUCAAGUAAAGUAGAUUUUCUGAAGGAUGGUGUCAGAGUGAUUGGAGUAAAAAAGUGCCCAUGAAGUUCCCAACAAGGAAAGCCAUUGAUUCAUUCAUCCACCUCUUUGUUCUACUGGGAUAAAGCUUAAAGUUGCCCGGGACGUGUAGGGAGUGUUAAACACGACCCCAGUGUAAAUUAACACACUCUCUUUGCACCGUUUGAACAGCCAACGGUGAAGCUGCAGGAAAUGAAAGGAGAAAGGGAGCGAGGAAGGGGGAGGGGCUGUAAUACUUGACUCUGUCCAUUCACAUAUUCCCAGAGGUGUGUCGUUGGUCGCUGGUAGCAACGGGGUAAAGUCCCAGCGCUGAGUGUGUAUAUGUGUGUGUCUGCACAGUUGAAUGAGCAGCUUGUGUAUCUGGCACCAGAACGAGCUGUUCAUAGGAAUUCAAGUCCGCCUGUAAACCAGUUAAAAUAUGCGAGCGCUUGACCGACCGCUCUCCUCUGAUGUUUGUCCGAGCCUGUGGGACGUUGUUCUCUCAGGCGAGAAAAAACAAGGCUGAAUGGGCGGCAGAAAUUCUCGGUUAAAGCCUUUUUAAGGUGGUUCAUUAGGACUCGGAGAUUACUUUCACAUAGUUAAUUCAGAAUGUCGUCUUUGUGCCGGUUUUACACUUUGUCUCGACCAAAAGUCCAGUUCAUUUUCCUGCAGUUGGCCAUCUUAAGGCCUUUAUUUUGAGUUUACGUGUUUGCUGAAUCAGGAUUGACAAAUGUCCCAAUUUAUUUACUGAACACUUCACCUGAGUCUACCAUCUACUUUGCUUUAAGAUUUAGCUCUAGCAUGAAGGACAGCCUCAGUGUUGGUCAGCCUCACUGCUUCAUAACUUGACCCCUACAGCCGGAGGUCUUAAUGGUCACAUGAGCAGAUUUCCGAGUCCUUUAUUGGGGUUUAUGAUGCUAGUUUUCUUAUGGAAGUUCAACAAAGAGCCUUUGUUUAGGCUCGUAUGUUUGUUGCACGCCAGUUCCUCCUUGUUUGUUUUUUUCGGGGCCAUUGUUUGUCCGCUUCUAUUGUCUCUUUUGCUUCGCAGCAUCGUAUCAUUUCUGCUCUCAAUGCCCCUUUUUCCCUUUUGUGUCAGUUUUGAUACUUUGAUCGUUUUGGUUUACAACCCGUAUACUUCCUUCUGCGGCUCUAAUGCUACCUUUGAAUGCUACUCCCCAAGGUUGGGUUUGCUUUGUUGUUUCAUCCUUCGGGAGAAUCAGGGCUACAUAAGAAAAAUGUUGAAAACAGCAUGUAGAGAGGUGACAUGUUUGUGUACGCCCAGAAACACAACAUUUUUACUGUUGCGUCUCUUAGAUUACUAGUUUGAGAAGAUGUAUUCACACAUGCGCCAAAACUAGUAAAAUUCCUGAAAUUUUCAGGGUGAUCGGCACGUGUGAACCAAAUUAGUGUGCACCCAUCAUGCUACAACCAGUGUCCCCAUUCCCAGUCUACCGGUCCCAGGUGCGACUCAGCCUGAGCGUGGUCAAGUAUAAAUGUCAAAGGACAGUUUGACAUUUGUUUUUUUGUUUUUUUUUAAUCCGAUUGACUGAAAAUUUUUACCUGCAAAAAUUUUGUAAAACACUUGAUCUCCAGUGCAAGAACAUGUGAUUGUAGGGCACAUAUCCAAGCAACUUUUUCUUUUUUUCAUUUGAACCCUGAACACGUCCAACGACCCAUAUGCUGUUUUGUCCACCAUCUUGGAUUCGUUGGAAACUUUACAGGCUAAUUCCUGGUCCUUGUAAUGUUUAUAUCCCACUAUACAGAAGGUGGAAAUUUUUGGGAAAUUUUUGGAUAGGAUGAAAAAGGAUCUGAAAGAGGUCAAAAGAGCUCCAGCAACACUUGUAGUUUCAGGAAAACAGCCUCAUUUGACUUUUUGAUCGGUCCUGAAAUUUUCUGGGACUUUUCAGGAGUGCAUGUGUGGACAAAAGUCCUAGUUUUUUGGCUUAUUUUUGGCCUCAAAUCCUGCUCCAAAAACUUUUGAUGUAACCGGUUCUUGAUCUUGAACAGACAGACUCAAUAUUUCUAAAGUAGAAAUCACUCGAAAAACGUAAGAGGAUUCCCACUCCCUAUUAGUCGCCACUUAUUGAUUUUCCACCAUGUGUAAACAAUUUGGACACAAGUGCACUGCGUUGGAAUGGAGCUGUGGUCUUCACAUUUCCUGUAUCUGAACUGCUUUGAGUGGUUUUUGUGGUCUUUGAGCGAAAGAAGAUAACAAGUAGAUGAAAUGUAAAAAAACAGGACCAGAGGAUCUUCACUGAAUUUGUUCCAAGAGCAGGUGAAAUACACCUGCUGACUUCCUGUUAAAAAGUGACACUCAGUCCGGAUGGGUAAGCUCGUUCUUGUAAGACAUGAGUAGGUGUGUAAGCUGACUUAAUCCCCGACAGGUUUAGGGAAGAGUGAUACCACCUCAUCAGCCGGGACUCUACCUGUAAAUCUCUCAACACCUGUUGAGUUUCUGCUCACAACGACAAAUCUCAAGUCGAUUUGGGUGUUUUUUGAGAGGUUUUUGGUAAACAGAGCCAGCUCGGCUUCAUUUUUCCAGACUCUCAUUUCUCAGAUGUAAAUAAGGGCUGAGCCUUUUUAUUAGCUGUAAAUAUCAGGCCGAUGUUUUCAGCCCUUAUCAGAUCUGAUGUGCGCUGAGAUUAGUGAUCUUUGGUUUCUUUAAUAAACCUCGAGUGCUGCUCUUGAAAUACCAGGUGCUUUAAAAAGCCUUCAACCUUGUGAAGUUUGAGCUGACAAAGGUUUUCUCGAAAGGUUUUUUAAAUGGUGUUUUUCUUCCUUUGCAUCUUUUGGUGUGCCAAAAACACCAGCGAGGGCUCUUUAAAGCGAGGACAGGUACUUACGAAGAAAACUAUAAGGCUGCAACCCUGAAAGGUUUAGAGUUUAUCCAAAAUUCAAGCUGACGUUCAUUUUCAUCCUUGUGAUCUUCAUGUCUGUUGAAAGAAGAAGUCUGCAUUCCUCUUCAGGCUUUUGAACCACUGUUUUUGCCUGAAGCCAGAUGGCCCCUGGGGGCCCAUCGGGGGUCCAAAGGCUAAGAUCUGGCCGCAGCAACCCAGAGCCAGACUCAGUGUUUUCCCAGCUUAGCCGGCCGGGAGGCUCGAGCAACAAUAACAACAUGUGCUGAGAUCACACACUCUGCUCUGCUGACGGCCUGGGAAACUUGAAAAGGCCGAGGCAGAAGAAAAACAAUAUUAGUUAGCAUAUUUCCAUGACUGGGUCUGUGUGCAGGUCAGGAUGUCCAUAUUUGGUCGUCGUAUCGCUUACUAUUCGAAAUGGCUGCGGCGCCUGAGACAAAUCUCUCAUUAGUAGUCACCUCAGCAGCCUCCAUCCCUGGCUCCUUGCUAACAUGUUAACACCUCUGAUCUCUGUUCGGCGCUGAAUUAUGGAUGAGCUUUAGCAGCUAAUUGAUGUUAACUUCUGCUGUUGUGAUCUCCUCUUACCUACCUGAAACACAGACCGGCAGGAGAGCUGCACUUCGUCCACCUGUCGAGUGGCGUCGGAUCCAGUCAGACACACAUUAACAAGAGAUGCCCAUACAGUGUGGCAGCUCAGCUCGCAGCCCCUCCUGAGUCGACUUGAACAAACUUGAGUCAGUGAUGCUGCUUUGCGAGCUGGGCGAGUGGCCCCACGAUACGAUAUUUUGGCCAUAAGAUGAUAUUAUUGUAUUUUUAACAUUUUACGAUACAGGAAGUUUUGCAAUACAAUAUAUCGCUAUUUAUACAAUUCUUUUCAACUUUUUAGCUAAUUUAGCAUUUGGCUUUCCUUUAUGUUUGUCGUACUUAAAGGGCUGUUCUGUCGAAAAAUUAAGUUAGGGUCAAACACACUGUAAGACCGAGUCAGACACCCUCUUGAGAGAUGAGUGUUGCCGACUGCUUACUUCUCUAAUACAACUUCAGUAACAACCGCACGAUAGCAAUACACAGCGGUCUGAGGAGACAUAAACAAACCUCAACCAAAACGCCACUCUAUAGCCACAAAUAAUGCUCAGAACAGCAGCUAACUUCAUCAACAGUACAUAUAGGGUCCCAGCCAUAGUACUAGCCACCAAACAUCUUUUAAACUUUGCGUAAUUUCUUUAGCAAAGAGACUAAACACAACCAACCUACUCUCUUCCAGCACCCACUUGUUUGUAGCGAAACCUCAGGCUAAUCUACCACGUACUACAGCGGGGUGACACAGCUCAAAGAAGAAUAUUUAUGAUAAUUUCUUUAUCAUUUCCUUUUAGUAAUAAUCACCAUAUUAGUCAUUUUGCACUGCAGACGCAGUAGUUCUUCUGUCUUAGCGUCUCGGUCAGAUUGCAUUUCCAUGAAGAAAUGAUUAUAAAUGUUCUUCCUUGAGCUGCGGCACCCCGCUGUACGCGGUAAUGGACUGGCCUGAGGUCUCUAAAAACAAGUGACUGCUGGAAGAGAGUAGGUGAGUUGUGUUUAGUCUCUUUGCUCAAGAAUUCAGGCAAAGCUAAAAAGAUGUUUGGUGGCUAGUGCUGUGGCUCGGACUGUUGAUGAAGUUAGGUGCUGUUCUGAGCAUUAUUUUUGGCGUUUUGGUUGAGGUUUGUUUAUUGCUCCUCAGACCGCUGUGUAUUGCUAUCCUGCGGUCGUUACUAAAGUUGGUAUAACUGGAGAAGCAAGCAGUCAGCAACAUUGUGUUUGUGUGUUUCAGCCUAAAUUAAUUUUACGCCGGAAUAUCCCUUUAAGCAGUAUUUUAUUUUCAUGUAGCACAUCUUGCAAACCUUAUGUGUCUCAUUUGUGCCCUGAUUUGAUUUGAUUUUUCCAUUAUCGUAGAAUUGACUUUCCUAUCAACAGUUAAUUUGAAAUGAGGCGGAUCUUCUUUUAUCCGUGUGGAAAUGAUGCCAAGAGUGGGUUUACCAUCUGAAUUCUGCCGCGUUAUAAAGUUCGGGUGCAGUGUCUUCCAUGUUUGUAGUUGGUUUUGACCCUUCUGUGUGAGAUAAAAUCACGCUGAUGGAAGAACUUUUGUUGGAUUUUCCUUAUUUUCUCGUCCUCUUUGCAGUUUUUUUUAGAAAUCGGAUCAGCUUCGCCCCCUUCCCCUCUUCUCCUUAUCUCACCUUCUCGCUGUCACUGUCUCUCACACCCUCUGGCUUACAGACACAAUCUUUGCUCGGGUCCUUUGUUGCUCUGUCAGCUGCAGCGGCGGCUGAUAAUGAGUGGGGAUGUCUGUCUGUCUGUGGAGGAGAGAAAGAGGCUGAUGGAGUAAUAAGGGGCGUUCGGAGACUAAAAAACGCGGUUUACAGAUACUCCUGCGCUCACGUUUCAGCUUUAUGCGCUCUUAAAUCAUCGGAGGAUGUUUGAUGUCUUUAAGUGAAAAUCUAAUCAGGUUUAAUGAGAUCAUUCCAGCCGACAGCAAGAGAGUUUGUGUCUCAGUCAACAAAAUGUCCCCAAGUGUGAUUACCAGUAAAUGACUCCACCGCGGUUUCUCGUUCCACUCUUGGGUUUGGCGGCGUGUUUAGCUAAUUGGCGAGGUUAUGCGAAGAAAAGCUGCCGGUGAAUGAAUAAAGUGUUGUGUGUAUUUUUCUCACACAGACAGAGACUCUUUAUAGAAAAAGUGGGUGUUUUUAUUUUUUAUUUUGUCUUGAGAGGAACACCUUAAACAAACACGGACAGAAAAUGCUUUUUUUAGGCGCUUGUAGGGCUGGGCGAUAUGUCCUCAAAUCAAUAUCACGAUAAAUUGAGCAGUUCACCUCAAUAACGAUAAAUGGAUAAAUGGUUGAUAACCUCAACCAAAACGCCACUCUAUAGCCACAAAUAAUGCUCAGAACAGCACCUAACUUCAUCAACAGGACAUAUAGGGUCCUAGCCAUAGUACUAGCCACCAAACAUCUUUUUAACUUUGACUAAUUUCUUUAGCAAAGAGACUAAACACAACUCACCUACUCUCUUCCAGCAGCUGCUUGUUUGUAGCGAGACCUCAGGCCAGUCCAUCGACUGCAGCGGGGUUACGCAGCUCAAGGAAGAACAUUUAUGAUCAUUUAAAUUACUCUUGGUCUGAUUGUAUUUUUGUGAGGAAAUGAUCGUAAAUGUUCUUCCUUGAGCUGCGUAACCCCACUGCAGUCGAUGGAUUCACCCAGAGUCCAUCAACUCCGAAGAAAGAGUUUGUUUCCUCUUGUUGUAAAUUUACGGUUUAUUGCCCAGCCCUCACUGCUUGACAGAUAAACUCUUUGUUAUACUAAAAGCUUUCACAAAGUUCCCACUUCCCAAAAAAAGUCCAUCCCCUUGGAGCUUGUUUCCGCAGAGCCAGAUGGCACUGGAGUCCGUAAAGUCCCUCAUCCUGUCUGUUUGUGUCUUCCUUUACUUCCUGUUCAACUUUUUGGCAGUUUAAGCCGCAGUUUCCCCACCGUUCAGACCAUUCGUCUCUGAGUACCCUGACCCACAUGAGGUCUUGAAGUGAUGCUGGUUGACGGGAUUGCUUGUGACGUUUAGAGUCGUGAGGCGUGUUCACGCGGGCGUGUUACUUAUGCAUGGUCUCUUGUCAGCGCCUAAAAAUACUUUAAAAUACGUGAAUCUUUAAUUUGGAUGAGGCAGUAAAAACGUGACUAUAAGACUAGCUGCACUUCCUCAAGUGUCCACUAGAGCUCAGCUCCAAAAGCAGAGAAACCCCCAUUAGCGCUUGUGUUUUCAUCGUUAUUUCGCUUUUCUUUUGUCGUGUCUUCGCAGGAAGGACGUGAGCAGUAUGAGCUGGCUGCGACCUCGGAGCAGGGCGGCAAGAAGAAGGGGAAGGGGAAGAAGAAAGAAAAGGAUAUGGAUGAGCUGAAGAAGGAAGUGGAUAUGGUGAGUUUCCUGUUCCUCCUCUUGACUUUACCUCAAAUUCAUGAUAUUCAAACCCUGAUGUUCUUUGAUUUCUACAUCCUGUCUUUACUUUCUGAACGUUAAAUCACUUCUAAAUUCGAUAAAACAAACUCUAUUAUGCAACCUCUUAAAGCCGGCUUCAGAGCUGCAGAUAAAUUGAAUUUGCGCUUUUUUUCCUCCUCUUAUCUGAGCCCACUUCUCCUUUGUUUUCCAUCCAACUCCCUCACUUUCUCCUUAAUUCCUCCCUCCUCAUUUCAUUUCACGCUCUUCUUUCCUCAAUGUAUCCCUCAGCGUAUUACCAUAUUCCAUACGCUCUCCCUCCUCCAUGUUUCUUUUCAUCCUCCUCCUCCUCUUCCUCCUCCUCUUUUCCUCUCCUAUAUUUAUUUAUCCCGCUCCGGUCGUUGUUGCAGCUCUCCCAGGUCGUUUUUAAGCCUAAAGGUCAGCUCACAAUGUGCCGCAAAUGUCACAUACAUGCACGCUGAGCUCAUGCCACCCUCUGUUUUUUUUUUUUUUUUUUCAGGAUGAUCACAAGCUGACCCUGGACGAGCUCAACCGCAAAUAUGGAACAGAUCUCAGCAACGUAAGUGAAGAAGAAGAAGAAGGAGGAGGAGGAGGAGGAAACGUUCUGUUCUUGACUCGUAAUUUUGGCGCCGUCUUCAAACCAGAUCCUCCUAAUCUGAUUUUAAAAGGGUCUUUCUCCACUUUCAAGUGUCUGCGUUCAUCACACAGAUGAGAUAAAUGUCAGAUAGCAGCAGCACUCAGCCUGCUCUCUUCUAUUAAGCCCACUUUCUCUCCUCGGCUGAUGAAUCUUUAAUGAGGCUCAGAUGAAUUAGACAGCUGCAGUCAAAGAGGGGAGGAUUUCUGAACGCAGAGAGGCUGCAGGUUCGAGGAGUUUGGACGGAGGUGGGCUGUUUGUUUUAGGACUGAAUAUAACCUGGAAAUCUGGGUCAGACACCGAAGGAGAGGCGGGAAUUAACACUCCGGUGAUCCAACGUGACACCAUUAAUAUUGUUUACAGUUUCUUGAGAUCUAUACUGUGUAUCUCUAUGGGAUAAAAAGUGUUCAAAAGUUUACCCUUUUGGUGAUCUAUCGAGGGUUUCCAGGCAUUUCUAGACCUGCCACAAGGUUUACAAUCCAGCCACAAAAAUAGGUGUUUGAUCAGAGAUGUUUGAUGGUAAAUCCACAGUGAUAUACCGAUGAAAACAUGAUUAUUUAACAUAUUGUUGAUGGUAGUGUCCAAUAAGAGGCAACCAAAGAUCAACAAGAGACAAGAAAGUUCCCUGCUUGUCUCCAAAAUAAGAAUAAUGGUCCUCAAUGUUUGGAAACAAGCAAAGAAGAGAUUCUGAGCAGUAUGAUGUGGUCCUCUGUCUCAUCUCAGACAGGAACUGCUUCAAAAAGUGGCAAAAACAACUGUAAAUAGUAAAAAACACCUGGAAAAAUUAGUGUAAAUAUGUCAAUAGUUUCUGUUGUGUGUUUGUUUCAAUCCCAAUAUUUCUUCUCCUGAUAGCCAAGACUAGCUUUGUUCAUUCUGAAUCUACUGUCACAUUUAUUUUACAUAAUUUUGCAUAAACUGAGAGCUGAGGUUGUCCUGAAAUAAAAAGAUUUGUAUAUAUUUGCUGUGCUUUAAAAAGGAUCGAGUUGCUACAUAGAUUUUUACAAAAAAUAAAAAAGAAACAGGCGGACCAAAAAUAGAAAAAUAUAGCUGGGGGUUCUAAAGGUCCACGCAGCACACGAUGACAAGAAAAGUGAAAAACACAAAAAAACAGAAAAUAAAACUUAACCAAGUGUCGAGUAUUUUUGUGUUAGAGAGUAAAAAUAACCCCAAAUUACCGCUGCAUUAGUGUAGGCGCGAGCUCGAGGGGGUGAGCGCAUCUGUGGUGUUAAAUAAACUUAAAUACAUAUGUAAAUAUUUGCAGAUAUAUAUUUAAAGAGAGACAGGAACAUUUAGGAAAAGAGCGACAAGUCAUUAGCGGUAUCGCGGCGUCCUAAGAUUGCCAUGACUAAACUGUUAACAUGUACGAUAGAUAACAAGAAAGACUAGAUUUAAGAGGAAGUAGAAGGAUAGAGGACACCACCUGAUCAUUCAGUGGUGGAGUUGGUGCAACAGUGAAGGCAUACCAGGUUCUUCGUUGUCGCCCGAAAGCAAAAGCGUCGUUGCUAGUAUUUAUGCUCGUUCUCGCCUCUUCCAGUUCACCCGCAGCUUUAAACGGUGACGGUGUUUUCCAGCGAGUCCUAGCAGAAGAAAAACAUCCAACUAUACCUCAGUUAUCUUGGUCUAAUUAGAGGCUCUCCUCUUGAAUGCUAAUGCGCUCCUGGUCAUGCAGAAAGAUCAAGGAGAAUAGUUAAUCAGCGCCUCCAAACCGGGGUCUCCAGGCUUUGUGUGCGUGCAUGUGUGUGCCGCUGUUGUGAAUAAUUUAUUAGCCGAGCCCCUGUGCCCUGAUUUCAUAUGAUCCUAUUUCUCUCAUCUUUCCCUCUGUCCUCCUUUACCUUCACUUCUCUCCCUCCUCCUACCUGCUGAUGAGGGAAAUUGUCUUGUUUUCUGUUGAUGCUUCGCUGCUAGGCAACUUCUAAUACCGACGGUUUCCCUCAGGCUUCAGAGAGACUGUGUUUACAUGUGUGUUUGGCCGGGAAAUAAGCUUUGAAUUUUGCCGUUUGGCUAAUUUGUGUCUGAAAACAUGUCGACUGUGAAACCCUGAAUAAUCCGGUGCUGUAUCAUCGUUUCAUCAGGGUCUGACUGGCGCGAAGGCUGCUGAAAUUCUGGCCAGAGAUGGACCAAACGCCCUCACUCCUCCUCCCACCACCCCAGAGUGGGUCAAAUUCUGCAAACAGGUGACUCGGUCUGACUUAAAAGCAGCUCCAACCAUUUUUUGUUCCAGUUUCUGUUCGUCUCAUUUCAGUUUUUGGUGUCUCUUCUGCAGGUUAAAUUCCAAAACUUAGAGGAUUAAAAAGUGAUUUUUGUUUGAUUUGCCCUGCAGAUGUUUGGCGGUUUCUCCAUGCUUCUGUGGACCGGCGCCAUCCUCUGUUUCCUGGCCUAUGGUAUCCAGGCUGCAAUGGAGGAUGAGCCCGCCAAUGAUAAUGUAAGAAAAAGUCCUAAUGUGUAGAGUAAGAGUUAGCUUCCUCUUUAUGAUGCAUUUACACUGAAAUGCACCAAUUUUUCCUGCUUUUCCUCUUGAAUAAAGUCAAACACAGCCUCAGGGUGCUACUUUUUUCACAGCUUGGAUAUGAAAUGACCUAAAAGUUGUCUUUUCAGUUACAUUAGCUGCUGUUAUCAUAUUACUUCCAGCUUGCAGUUCUGAGUCUUUGUUUUUCAGUUUCUCAGUCCUUCAGUCUUUCAGUAAAAGUUGAGACACAAAUCCAGCUCAAACUUGCCUUUGUUGACAAGUUAGCAUUAACAGUUGUGAUUUUGCAAUUUUAUUUAAAAUGUCUAAAAACAAAUUAUUGAGACAUACUGUAUCAGUUAAGUGCAGAGGGGAGGAGGAAACCGAAUCUACUGCUGCUGUGUGGGCAUGUCCUCUAGCUUUGUUCUAAUUGGACGGCAGAGCGUGACAUCAUGCUCAGGCCGAGUCUUGUGAAAGUCUCAAAACGAGCAGAAAAACAUGUUAAUAUUUUAGGUUUAGAGUGGACAUCUAACACUGUUACAUUUUAUGUAUUUAUUAAAAUAUGGAUCAGCAUUCUAUAAUCUCUAUUAGGCUUAAUUUUUUUUAUGUUUAUCGUUUAAAUUUUUUUGACCAAUAGAAAGAAAGUAUCUCCUCCGAUGAUUUCCUGAGUCAAAGACGUUGCCUUAAUAUGUUUUAACAUCUAAAACUCAAAGAUAUUCAGGUGCUUAUGCUAUAAAACUAAAGAAAUCUGGAAAAUUUGACUUAGUUUAGAGCCCAAAAAUGAUUUUCUGAUUAUUUUUUAAAAUUCAAAACAAUUCAAGCAUUUGAAUAUUUUGUGAUUUUGUGUUCUCUUGCAAAUAUUAAAGUCAUGAAGUUUAAAAUUUGUGCCUGAAAUUUGAAGAUAUUUCAAUAUAUAAUCCCAAAAAUCUUUGUAGAAAUGUAACUUUGAUAUGUUCACCAUCCACAGUUGUACCUGGGUGUUGUACUCUCUGCUGUCGUCAUCAUCACUGGUUGCUUCUCUUAUUACCAAGAAGCUAAGAGCUCCAAGAUCAUGGACUCCUUCAAGAACCUGGUCCCACAGGUGCCGUCACUAAAUUUCUUAUUACAUGUAUCUCCUUUGAGGUAAUUCAGAGUGUCGUCUGCAAAACGCAGCAGCGGUUCUUCUAACUUCAGUGAAGUUUCUGUUUCCUUGUCUCGUAGCAAGCCCUGGUGGUCCGCGAUGGUGAGAAGAAGCACAUCAACGCUGAGGAGGUUGUUGUCGGAGAUCUAGUUGAGGUGAAAGGUGGAGACAGGAUCCCGGCUGAUCUGCGAAUCAUCUCCGCUCACGGCUGCAAGGUGCGUGCUCUCAAUGGGGAUUCAUCUCGACUUUUCAGCUUCAGUCUGAGUGAAGGCGGCUCUUCAAAAACAUCUUCUGCGUCUUUCUGACUUUAAUCAUCAGCGCUGAGUUUUCACGUCGAAGCUCCUUUAAGAGUUUGCAGAUUCUCGCAUAUGAGAAUCAAAGGGACAGACAACAAGUUAAGAUUCAUAACUCAACACCCAAGAGCAACACUUGACCCAUUUCUCCCUCUUUCUUUAUCGCCUACCUCGGCGUGCGUUUCUGAGUGUCGCUCGACCCAAAUCUGCCACCAACUCCUCAGAAACUGAAGAAAGAGUUUGUUUUCUCUCGUCAGACAGAAACUUUCAAAUUGCCAAGUUCUCAUUUCGAGUCUCGCUCUGUUCAGUCGAUUAUUUGUCAGGAUUUCAACAUCAAUCACAGUCCGGUGUUUCCAUCCUCAGGUCGACAACUCCUCCCUGACCGGAGAGUCCGAGCCGCAGACUCGUACUCCGGACUUCUCCAAUGAGAACCCACUGGAAACCAGGAACAUCGCUUUCUUCUCUACCAACUGUGUGGAAGGUAAACAAAGCAGUCCAGAGACUUCGCUAAUUAUUAUUUUUUUCUAAAUGAAAAACUUUAAUCUCUAAUCAGAUUUUUGACACAUCAAAACUGCUUAUAGAAGGUCCAAAAAACCACAUACACUGCUAAAAUUUUUCUUAUUCCUUUAAGAAAUAAAGGAUUACAGAAGACGGUUGUGAGAUUUGCUCAAUUUGUGAUGUCACCAAUUGUUGAAUCUAAUUAAAAUUCGCAAAAUAACCGUAAAACUUACCCAACAGAAACAUCCCUGUACAAGCUUUUUAGGUACGGAUUUGGGGUUUCAAAAUAAGUUGUCACAGUUUAAAUAGAGAAACACAACUUUGUAGUUUGGCAACAGCGGAGGAGGCUCCUAGAUUUCUAGUAAAGUUUUUCAGAUAGAAGCUGCAAUCAGGUUUUGAAAGACACCAGUUCAUGUAAGAUUAAGACGAUUUUGAGCUGUAAAUCCUGUAACACUACGACAAAGACGAUUUUAGCCUGAAAAUGAGCCUCAUAUCCGAACUUUCGGAUUCAUUUUGUCACUUUCUUCCUUUUGAUCAUAAUCAGGUUCCGAUUUAAUGCGACGAUUAUUUCCACAGGAACUGCCCGCGGUAUCGUGAUCAGCACUGGCGAUCGCACCGUCAUGGGUCGUAUCGCCACCCUCGCCUCCGGUCUUGAAGUCGGACGUACCCCCAUCUCCAUCGAGAUCGAGCAUUUCAUCCACAUCAUCACCGGCGUGGCCGUCUUCCUCGGUGUCUCCUUCUUCAUCCUCUCCCUCAUCCUCGGAUACACCUGGCUUGAAGCUGUUAUCUUCCUCAUCGGUAUCAUCGUCGCUAACGUACCUGAGGGUCUGCUGGCUACUGUCACUGUGAGUUUUUGCGUAUAAAUGAUCGCUUUAAGAUUCGUUGAUCCGAGCAUGAGCUGACUUUGACCGUCCGAUGUCCAGGUGUGUCUGACUCUCACCGCCAAGCGUAUGGCCAAGAAGAACUGCCUGGUGAAGAACCUGGAAGCCGUGGAGACCCUGGGAUCCACCUCCACCAUCUGCUCUGACAAAACCGGCACCCUGACUCAGAACAGGAUGACUGUUGCUCACAUGUGGUUUGAUAACCAGAUCCACGAGGCCGACACCACUGAGAACCAGAGUGGAACCUCCUUCGACAGGAGCUCAGCCACCUGGGCCGCCUUGGCGAGGAUCGCCGGACUCUGUAACCGCGCCGUCUUCCUGGCUGAGCAGAGCAACCUCCCCAUCCUGAAGGUAGGAUUCAACCCUCUUUCUUAUUUCUGGAUAAAUAAAAGACGUUUCUGUAGAAAUAAUGAGCCUGAUGAAGGUGAAACUGAAGUCUGUGUCAUCUUUUGUUCAACAACAAAAAAGCUUUUCAUGUUUGUGUGCUCAUUAUGUGGGCAGUAUUUAAAAGUCUCUUCUGCUGACUCAUUUUCUGAGAAGUUUGAGAGUUACAAUAAAAUCAGAGGACUGUUUUCUAUUUUUCCCGUUAUUGGCUCGGUUUGAUUUCUGGUAAUGCCAACACCUGUUCAAGUUUGAUUCCAUGAGGACCAAGAAGAACAAAUGUGAUAUCAAACUUCCAAACUUGGAAACCAACUCCAAUUUUUUUUAUUUUCUGCCUGUAGAGAAAAAAAAGCACGUGUAGGGCUCUUAUUUUGAAAGGUUUUUUUUCAGGAUUUAACCUUUAAAAGACAGAAAAACCUUUUUAAUAACUCCACAAACUUCAUAGUCCAGAGAGGAUGAUACGUAAAGCUCUGAUCAUCCUCAGACUUUGUUUCAACAUUCAUGCUUCCUAGAGAAUUAAGUGUAACUGCUUUGUAAAAAGUGUUUAUUUGUAAUAAAAUUCCUGAUCCCCAGAAGAUGAAAUCCAAGAACGUUGGAUUGGCUCCAGCUGUUUUAGUCUUUAUUGAUCAGCUGACAUUUUCUUGAUAUUCCUUGUCCCCAGAGGAUGAUGCUGAACCAUGCAUAAAUCAUGUUAUGACUUAGACUCUUACCCCACAGAGGAUAAAAACUCUGUUUACUGUGUUCAUCCCUUAGAGUUUUUAUAGAUCCUUUUUAUUCUUCUUCUUCUUCAUCUUCUUCUUUUUAGUUUGUUUGUUCUUCUUCUUCUACCUCUUUUUUUUUCUUCUUCUACUCUACUUUUUUAUUUUUCUUCAUCUUCCUCUACCUCUUUCUUCUUCUACUCCCUUUUCUUAAUUUUCUUCUUCUACUUCUUCCUCUUCUUUUACUUCAACUUCUAUUUCUUCUUCUCUUUCUUCUCCAUCUUUUUCUUCUACUUCUUCUACUUCUUUUCCUUUUUCUUCUUCUACUUCCUCUUCUACUUCUUUAUCAUCUUCUCCUUUUUCUUCUCCAUCUUUUUCUUCUCCAUCUUUUCCUUUUUCUUUUUCUACUUCUUCUUCCACAUAUUCCUCUACUUCUAUAUCAUCUUCUCCUACUUCUCCUUGUCAUCCUACUUUUUUCUUCUUCAUCAUCUUCUUCUACUCCCUUUUCUUAAUUUUCUUCUUCAACUUCUUACUCUUCUUCUUGUACUUCUUCUACUUAUUCUUCAUCAUAUUCUCCUUCUUCUCCACCCUUUUCUUCUACUUCUAUUCCAAUUUUUCUUCUACUUCUUCAUUAUUUUCUUCCUCUUCUACAUCAACUUCUACAUCUUUUUCUUCUACUUCUUUAUCAUCUUCUCCCUUUUCAUCUUAAUCUUUUUCUUCUACUUCUUCUACCCUUUUUUUUCAUCUGCUACAUCUUCUUCAUCAUAUUCUUCCUCUUCUUCCUCUUUCUUCUUUUUCUUUUUCUUCUACAUCUUAAAAUUAUUCUUUUCUUCUUUAUCAUAUUCUUCUUCCUCUUCUCUAUCCUUUUUCUUCUUCUUUUUGUCAUUCUUCUUCUUCGUCUUCAGUAAGAUCUAGACUGUCAGACAUUAGAAACGUUGCAGACUACACCUUUAAGAGUGAAUCUGUGCCAUGAGGCCAUCCUGCUUGUUUUCCAGCUCCUCUCACCCCUUAUCCCCGUAGCAUUUACACACACGCUGCUCACUACCUCAUUAUUAUCCCAAACCCCGCCCACUCAAACACACUCCGACAAACACAAACACCCCAGAGUCCAAAUCAGUCCCUUCGCUCCCUCUCUCCUUGGAGCGCAGUCUCUGGUUUCCAUCGCUGUGUUAAUAACCCGUUAGCGUUAGUGUGUGUGUUAAUUACCUGUAAACGUCUGUCUGGCUUGGCGACUCUAAUCAGCAGUCACUCUCCUCUCACUGCUCAUUAUUUUCCUCUUAGAAACUGUAAGGAGAGGGAGAGGAAGGUAAACAAGGGACAGGAGUUCAACAAGGCCGAUUGUCAUGCUAAAUAAAGAGAAUUAACACUCAAAGUUGAUGUGAAAAGUUAUAAAAAUUCUGUAUCUUGACUUCUAAUCAACAAAUCGCCUCUUUUUUUUAGAGAGACGUAGCCGGUGACGCCUCAGAGUCGGCCCUGCUGAAAUGUAUCGAGCUGUGCUGUGGAUCGGUCCAGGAAAUGCGCGAGAAAAACUCCAAAAUAUCUGAGAUCCCGUUUAACUCCACCAACAAGUACCAGGUAUACAAAGAGGAGAUCUGUUUCUGCCUAAUAUCAGUAUUUGUGUGUUUCUAGAUGCAAAUUUCAGCGUGAGACAUUUCUGAUUCUGUGUUUGUAGCUUUCCAUUCACAAAAACGGGAACCCUGAAGCAGAGUCCAAGCACCUCCUGGUGAUGAAGGGAGCGCCGGAGAGGAUUCUCGACCGCUGCUCCUCCAUCAUGAUACAAGGCAAAGAGCAGCCUCUGGACGACGAAAUGAAAGAUGCUUUCCAGAAUGCGUACCUGGAGCUCGGAGGUCUUGGAGAGAGAGUGCUGGGUAAGGAUGGACGGCUGCUUUAAGAUGAGACGGGUGAAACCUCGCUGAAAGUUGGAUGUUCUGAUUCUCCUCGCUCUGUCUCGAUCCAGGUUUCUGCCACUUCAACUUACCCGACGAGCAGUUCCCAGAGGGCUUCGCUUUCGACACUGACGAGGUGAACUUCCCGACUGAGAACCUGUGCUUCAUCGGCCUCAUGUCCAUGAUCGACCCUCCUCGAGCCGCCGUGCCGGACGCCGUCGGCAAAUGCAGGAGCGCCGGAAUCAAGGUAGAACCGCUUUUUCGUACAGAAUCGAUAUUUUAAAACACAAGUAAAACUGUUCUUUUAGUGAGCGGAUUUUGCUUUCUGCUAGGUCAUCAUGGUAACAGGUGAUCAUCCAAUCACAGCCAAGGCCAUCGCGAAAGGUGUGGGCAUCAUCUCCGAGGGCAACGAGACUGUUGAGGACAUUGCUGCACGUCUGAACAUCCCAGUCAAUGAAGUUAACCCACGGUACGACUCCAGUAUUAGGAGUUUGUUCAAAAGCCGGCUCUUCUUGGAGUACCCCAAGGCGACAUCCUGGGUCCCCUUUAGUUUUAGAUUUGUUCGAUCUAGAUGUUUUACCCCCAGUUUCCACCGCAUCCGGAAAGGCUACGAAAAGGCCGUAUCCGCCGCUCGUAGCUGAUUGUAACCAUUCAUGUUAAUGCGUCCAGUUCCACCGGCUUCUUUACGUUCCGCUGCAGAUCGCCAGAUUUUGCAGCCGAUCCCAAGAGUUCUAUUUUUUCCGGGCGCCAGAGCGUGCCGGAUAAAUUCAGCACAGAUUAACCCGUGCUGGAAAGGAAGUCGGGCACAGACACAAAAUAAAACAUCCAGCUUCUUUUCAAAAUAAAACGCUCCAUGUUUCAGGCGGAAGUGAAAGGUUUAUAGACACCUUUUCACCCUGAUGACACCAUGGGUGAGGAGAUGCUGAUUCUAGAAGUCUAGAAGUAGAUUUCCUCCUCUGGAAGGACACAAUCUACUGCUUAUAUGUCUAUAUGGCUGUAUCGCGCGAUUGCACGUGAAUCUGCGGGUUCUAGUGAGUUCUCACGAUUACCAGUAUCCGUAAUCCGCCAUGAAAUUUGCCUCACCAACAGAUCCAGUAAGAAUUGGCGGAUGGUGAAAAUCGCCGCUGUACCGGAUGGGUGAAAAUUGGGGGUUGCUCUUUAACGCUCAUGAAAAUAUUCCUCUGCGAAAUUCCUCUCUUAAACCCACCCUCGUGUCUUUGUAUUCCCUCCAGAGAUGCCAAGGCCUGCGUCGUCCACGGCGGAGAUCUCAAAGACCUGACCCCUGAGCAGCUUGACGACAUCCUGAAGUACCACACCGAGAUCGUCUUCGCCCGAACCUCUCCUCAGCAGAAGCUGAUCAUCGUGGAGGGCUGCCAGAGACAGGUAGAGCACAAAAUAAAAACAAGAUGCAGAGGUGUUUUUGUGUGUGUCAGGGAGAAGAUGUUCCAGCUAUCACGAGCCUCUGUGGUGUUCGAACUGCUGCACUGUUUUACAGUUUGGCGAACGCAGCAUGUUCCUGCGCCUUCUUAUGUAAAUCCAAGAGUGAAUAUUUUACAUUCUCCUCCCCUGAUGAGUAUUUAUGAUUAUUGCUUUGCUCUGAUGACUGAGUUGGCAGAAUAAUCAAGCCGAGCAUCUGUCAUGCUGCGACCCCAACGGUUCAUGAAUAUUCACGAGUGCAGCAGUAGGCAGAGAGGGAACUUUUUUUUUCAUUUUGUGUAGGAUUGGUUUUGAAUUUAUUUAGAAGUUUGGACACUGAGUCAAAACUGGGAAGUAAUGUCAGCACGUCCUCUGAUUAUCUUCAAAAGCAGACUCUCACAUUUCUGCCCAGAUGACGAGCUCUGUCGCUCCUCCGCUUUCAUCCCGUUUCUCUGUUCUGCGAAUCGCCCCGAAACCUUUUUGAAAAAUGAAGCUUUUCUCCCUCUCUCUCUCUCGCUGCAGGAAAUUACGCUUCAAAAAAAUCAAAUGUCACUCUCAGGCAUGAAAGGAAGCGACACCUGUUUCACUCUGACUUCUUAGUUUUAAUAUCAGCCGUCUUCUUUCCUCAGGGAGCCAUUGUAGCUGUAACAGGUGACGGUGUGAACGACUCUCCCGCUCUGAAGAAGGCUGACAUCGGUGUUGCCAUGGGUAUCGCCGGAUCUGACGUCUCCAAGCAGGCGGCUGACAUGAUCCUGCUGGACGACAACUUUGCCUCCAUCGUUACUGGAGUGGAAGAAGGUAAGACCUGAACCUGCAGAGUUGUGGAAGCAGAAACCACAAAAAGCAUCAUGUAACUGGAUUUCCUCUCUUUUCUAGGCCGUCUGAUCUUUGACAACUUGAAGAAGUCCAUCGCCUACACCCUGACCAGUAACAUCCCUGAGAUCACUCCCUUCCUGCUCUUCAUCAUCGUCAACAUCCCGUUGCCUCUGGGAACUGUCACCAUCCUCUGUAUCGACCUGGGAACUGACAUGGUAAAGAUACGUCUUAAUUAGAAACCAGAAGAAGAAGCUUGAGCUGAAAGUCACAGAUUAACAUGGUAGCAUGUUGAUCCAAAACACCGCCUUACACAUGUGUUGAGGUCUGGACUUUGACUAGAGCAUGCUAGCCUUUAUUUAACCAGUAAAAUCACAUUGAGACGAGUCUCUUUUGCAAGUGCAUUAUUGUUAAUGUUAUUGUCAUAAUUGUAAAUAUUAUUAUUAAUGUUAUUAUUAUUUUUAUUAUUAUUAUUUUUUUGUUAAUAUUAUAAUUAAUGUUAUCAGUAUUAUUUUUGGUAUUAUUAUUUUUAUCAUUAUUAUUAUUAUUAUUGUUAUUUUUUUAAUUAUUAUUAUUAUUAUUAUUGUUAAUAUUAUAAUUAAUGUUAUCAUUAUUAUUUUUAUUAUUAUUUUUAUCAUUAUUAUUAUUAUUAUUAUUUUGUUAUUAUUAUUUUUAUCAUUAUUAUUAUUAUUAUUAUUAUUAUUAUUGUUGUUGUUGUUGUUAAUAUUAUAAUUAAUGUUAUUAUUAUUUUUGUUAUUAUAAUUAAUAUUUGUAUUAUUUUUUAUUAUUAUUACCAUUAUUAUUAUUAUUAUUAUUAUUAUUAUUAUUAUUAUUAUCAUUAUAUUUGUAUUAUUAUUAUCAUUAUUAUUACUAUAAUUAUUAUCAUCAUUUUUCUGUUAUUAUUAUUAUUAUUAUUAUUAUCACCAUUUAUAAAUCAUACAUUUAAAUAUCAUUAGCAAUGUGAGUUAAUCAUGCCUUUUUUUAUCUAAAUCUUUUUUUUCUUUUGUUUUGAGUUAAUUGUGUUUUUAAAGUUGUUAGAAAGUUGUUCUUCUCUGCGUCUCCUUUCAGGUCCCUGCCAUCUCCCUGGCCUACGAAGCAGCUGAGAGCGACAUCAUGAAGAGACAGCCCAGAAACCCCAAAACAGACAAACUGGUGAACGAGAGGCUGAUCAGCAUAGCCUACGGACAGAUCGGUGAGUAACACCAACCAGAACCAGGAACCAAUACCACCCGUGUCUCCUUUUGUUGGAUUCCUCUGGAGGUCUGUACCCGGGUGGUCCCAGAUAACAAGAAGAGAGGCACGCACCAGAAAUAGUCUGAUACUGAUAGAGGACUGGAGAGUGUGUGUUUGUGUGUGUGUGUGAGUGAUGACAGAGCGGAGAUCUCUGGCUUUCGAUUUUCCCCUCUUCGGUCAUGAACCAGGAAUAACCCGACGCUGUAGGACUUUCUGAACCACCUUAUAAGAGCAGAAAACAAGACAAGACAUCUGAGCACGCUGAUGAUACGCCUUUAAAUUCAAAUGCUCAAUUUUUCAGCAUUUUGACCAUAAGAAAUAGAAAAAUUAGCUCCUCUUCCUUAACGCACAGAAGUAAACUUGAUACUCUCUAAUGAUUACAACAAGAAAAGUGCGAUAUUUUUGUUUCGAUUUUGAUCAAUUUGGCAUCAAUAUCCUAAACCCAGUACCUCCAAAUUAUUAGAGUCUCACAAAAAACGUUUAAAAAGUCCAACCUGUGACGUUUAUAUACAUGCUAAGUCCUGAAUAAACAGAAAAAUGCAGCUUUUGUAUUGGAACUGUCCUCUCGUAUUUUGAGAUGCACCUGUGUCGCGUUUCAUGAAGGGAAACUGUAUCUUGACGGGAUGUUUACACCAUAAAAACGUCAAUGAUUAAUCGCCUUCAAAACCCUUUUUCAUUUUCCAUAAGCGUAUAAUUCCUCCUCCGACGAUGACAGCCUGAUCUCAUUUAUUUAUUUGUCUCAUUAUUUAUCAAACCAUUCCUCAGAAAGACACACUAAUUAAUCUCAUUUCCCCCAAAGACCACAGAGCCGAUUUGCUUGCUUAAUUAUUUAUUGAUUCCUGGUUUUAUAUCAAAUACUAAACACACUCAUCAACCACAUCUCCUCAUUCAGCAGUCUUUGGAUCCAAACGAUGACUCAUUUCAGACCGGCUCUGAUUCUUCCUCUCCUGCAGGUAUGAUCCAAGCGCUGGCGGGUUUCUUCACCUAUUUCGUGAUCUUGGCUGAAAACGGCUUCCUGCCCACCACCCUGAUCGGCAUCAGAGUUUCCUGGGACAACAAAUAUUGCAACGAUCUGGAGGACAGUUAUGGACAGCAGUGGGUCAGUGAUGUUUCAGAGCGUUAAAGAACAAAAUAAAAGUCCUGAAUCCGGUUUGUAAUCAUUUCCUUUCUCCGAUCUAGACGUACGAGCAGAGGAAGAUCAUCGAGUUCACCUGCCACACGGCUUUCUUCGUCAGCAUCGUCAUCGUGCAGUGGGCCGAUCUGAUCAUCUGUAAGACCAGGAGGAACUCUGUCUUCCAGCAGGGCAUGAAGUAAGCACAAUAAAACCCUCCAGCUCUUUAAAGCUUAAACAACCUCAGACGUAAACGUUUCAUCAGAAAUGACUCCUUCCAGCUGCCAGUUUGGAUGUCACGCCUCCUCCUCCGUAUUGUUGUUGCUGUUCUGUUUCUGGAGGAUAAACUCCAGCGAAGGGUUCAUGUUUAUUUUGGCGUUCUGGAUGGAAAUCCUUUUUUCCAGUAGCUUAAAAUAGUUCCUCCGGCUCUUAAUUUGGUGUAAAUUCUUCCUUGUGUGUCUCAGGAACAAGAUCCUGAUCUUCGGCCUGUUUGAGGAGACCGCUCUGGCUGCCUUCCUCUCCUACUGCCCUGGGAUGGACGUCGCCCUCCGAAUGUACCCUCUCAAGUGAGUCCUGAGCUUCUGUCGCUUUAAGAGAGUUAGUUCAGGCAGGUAACAGAGUCCAGAUCAGCUGACAGCCCCUCACGCUCUGGUUAAGAGUGGAGGACUGUUUUUAAAAAAAAAUGUAAAUUCACUCUUUUCAAGUUAAAAUCUUCGUUUUUUCAAAGAUUUACCGUAUUUUUUCCAUUAUAAGGCGCACUUAAAAUGACAUGACUAACCGUAGCCUCGCGGAGUUAUUGAACGAGUUAAAUAAAGUUUGACUUAUCUGACUGUUUUGUUUGGAUUAAUGCGCCUUAUGUAUGAAAAUAGAUGCGAAUAGACGCGUUCAUUGAUGGUGCGCCUUAAAAUCAGGUGCGCCCUAUACUGCGAAAAAUACGAUAGUGACGUCUGUUGUUACAUGCUCCUUUCCCCUCUUCUCAGGAUUUGUAUCUGCUUAAAAAGACAAGAUUAUUGAUGUCUGCUUUGUUUUAAUUUGUAUUUAAUCGUUUUUAUACUCUGUCAUUUGUUUCUGAAGUCGACUCUCUAAUCCAGCGAACAUGUUGCUCAGUGCGGCCCGAGGGCCCAGUAUCAGUUUCUCGUCUCUUCUUCUGUGUUUUUGUGUGUUUUCCAGGCCCAACUGGUGGUUCUGCGCCUUCCCUUACUCCCUGCUCAUCUUUAUCUAUGAUGAAAUCCGUAAGCUGAUCCUCAGACGCAGCCCAGGAGGUGAGUCCGCGAUCCAAGCUCUUGUUAUCUUCUCCUCCUGCUCUGUUGUUUCUUUCCUCCCUCUCUGUUUCAGCUGUUGUUGUUUUUUCUCUUUAAUCUCUUUUAUCCUUCUUUCUCUUUGCACUCUUUCAAAUGAAAACCCAAUUUAAUUCUGUGUUUGUUUGUUUUUUUUCUCCUCUCAGGAUGGGUGGAACGGGAGACCUACUAUUAAACGACCCGUCAGUCCAGUCAGCUCGCAUCUUCUCCUCCACUCCCGUCUUUGCAUGAAUAUUGUCUUGCUGCUCGGAAUAAAAAUUUUAACCUCCUGUGAAAAAAAAAAAGAAGAAAACUAUUGGAACGUGUUUUUAUAUUAGGGAAUGCUUGAUACUACUAUUAGACAAAUACUGAGAUGGAACGUGCUGAUGAUGAUGAUGAUGUUGAUAAAUGAUAAUGCUAAUAAUGAAAUGAACACUGAACAAUGACAUGACUAUGCGUGCCUUGUUUCUGAAACAGGACCAAUUUUAUACAUGUUUUUAACAGUUAUAAACGUCAAUAAAAUGCGCUCGAGUCAGGUCCCACAAACGAGUCCUCUGCUCAUUUUUCUGU